UGCGUGCGUGUGUGCGUGUGUGGGCAUACAUAAGCACACAUGCAUGUUUGUCCGCAAGAUGUGCAUGCUUGCUUUUUGUUUCAUCAUGCUAGUUUUUUUCUUGUGUUAGUGCAUACCUUGCUGAAAUUUUUGGAGCAUGAUCAUGCUUUUUCCUGAAGCUUUUCUUGUUGUUGGAGCUUAAUCUUAUUAUUUUUGUUUUCUCAUCUACUAUUGCUUACUAUUAUAUCCUUUGGAGCCAACCAUGCAGCUUGCAAGAUAUGGCUGCAAAUCCAUUCCAUGCACUUUUCUAUAUAGUGUUUAUGCUCUCAGCUUGUGCACUCUUCUCAAAGACUUGGAUAGAAGUCUCUGGAUCAUCAGCGAGAGAUGUGGCCAAGCAGCUUAAGGAACAACAAAUGGUGAUGCCUGGUCAUCGGGAGUCAAAUUUACAGAAGGAAUUGAACAGGUACAUCCCUACUGCGGCGGCUUUUGGUGGCAUGUGCAUUGGUGCGUUAACAGUUCUUGCAGAUUUCAUGGGGGCCAUUGGUUCUGGAACUGGUAUCCUGCUUGCCGUGACAAUCAUAUAUCAAUACUUUGAGACAUUUGAGAAGGAGAGAGCCAGUGAGCUUGGCUUCUUCGGCCUUUGAUCUCAAUACUUUGUGCUUGAGAUAUGUUAACCCUGAUAAGCCUAGUCACAAUUUUGAUUAGCUGAGACAGAUGUAAUCCAUGGUUUAGUGAUCUUUCUAUGAAAGGCUUUUAUGCUGCAAAACUUCUGUUGAUUAGGAAGCAUACGAUUUUUUUAGUCAAGACUAAUACUGAAUCGUUACCAUUCUUAAGUCUUCAUGCUAUCAUUG